CGCUUCCGGGUUGAUGCAUGCUGGGAUAUUAUUAUUUUCCACGCUGAAACAUGUCACUUGCAUUGAUUUUUUGACAACUCCUAGAAAUUUCUGCACAAUGGAAACGGACUUUGUAUCAGAAGUUGACAGGAAAUUCUUCGCAAACAACAUGCUUUCCAAUGAAGAUUGGGAGGCAAGCAUGGAGUUGACGGAGAUAAUGGACCUGGAUUCACACUUACCUAACAUGGAUUUCAUUAACGAUUUUCAAAAUGACUUACAGUUGCCACAUACCACAGAUGAUAACUCAUUUUUCCCAUCAACUACACAUGAUGAUCUCCUCAAUGAUUGGAGUGAUAGUUCCGACAGUGGAGUCAGUGGCUUGUUAAACGCACAGUCUCCAGAUGAGAUUAUCAAGCAAGAACCUUUAUCUCCGUCAUUAUCACACCAUUCUGACAGCUGUGACAGCGGCAUUUCACAGGUUGUGGACACAUACCCCAUCAACUACACACUAGAAUCACCACCCAGUACCCCAGCUAAUAUAUCAUCGCCUGUUUCACCCAUAGAUCUUACAGCAUUACCUGCUAAAUACGAAAAUGUCUCAUCACCUACAUCAAGUUACAUCACAAACACAAAUGGUAUCACUAUAUCAACAGAAGGGCCCAGUGUAAAUAUAGACACAAUUUUAAACUCCCAGAUUCCAAUCCAGCCUAGACCGGAGAAGGGAGAACAGGGCAGUCCAGCAAAAACUACAACACUACCUCAAGGAUCUCAGCAAAAGUCUCUAGUCCUUACUGCGGAAGAGUUCCAGCGUCUCACAAGCCAGGGGGUACUGAGAUUCAACCCUCCAAAACAGGAGAGCAUUCUAAAACCACAGGUGCUACCUACAACAACGGUGGCAAAGAUUUCUGUACCACAAAGCAUUCCUAUCUGCUCUACAAACAACUAUGUUUGUGAUGAGAAAGGAAAUAAAGCAUUAAAAAGGCAACAACGAAUGAUCAAGAAUAGAGAAUCAGCAAGUCUGUCUCGUAAAAGGAAGAAAGAGAAUGAAAGUUUAAAGAAAACAUUCGCACUGGCACCUGCAGUAAAGAAGACUAUUGUUCUGGGUUUGUUUGUGAUGCUGAGUCUUAACCUUGGGUCAUGGAGCAAUUUGAUGUUGAUGGACCGAAAAGUUGACCUUACAGACAAAUUUAGCCCUCCGUUGGUUCACAGGGGCAGACAACUCAUGGCAGUGUCAGAGGAACAGGAACGAAUGAGGUCAUUAAAUCUUGACACUGUCAAUAAGUUACAUGACCUCAUUAUUGAGUACGGAGGUACCACUGGGGAUAAAUUCAAUACAACGGAUGUUCCCCCAAUGUGUCCAACAUAUUUCAAUAGGACGGAAUCCAUGAGAUUAGCUGAGCAGCUAGCAGGAUGGAUGUACCGUCAUGAGGAGAAGAAAAAGGUUGUGAAGAAACAGAACAGGCGACGCAAAGAUAAACAGCUGCGACCUAUCUCAACAUUAAGUCGAGCUAUGAGAGGGGAAAUGAAUGUUAUGGAUAGAAAAUAUCAGAGAAUGGAUCCCAGAUAUGGGCUUCAGCUGUAUGAGGGAGCAGACACAGGGCGAGAUUUCCUCAAAGCUUUACAUCGAAGAAACGAUACUUUCUAUGUUCUGUCAUUUGACGAGGACUACUAUCUUGUACCGGCAGUACAUCAUAACAAGACUUCACGACCCAGGAUGUCACUGGUGAUGCCUGCUGUAGCUCUUAAUGAGUCUAUGAUGCCAGCAGAGGACCAGGUGGGGAUGAUGCAAAUAGAUUGUGAGGUAAUGAACACUCAAUUGAUACACGUACAGAAAACUGCCAUACCUCGAGACAUACGAGAAAAGCACAAUAAUACACAUUCCAGAUUUAGGGACGACUUCAAUCCCUAAAGUGAAACAGAUGGCAAUUUAGUGGCUUUACCACUGACAGUGCUCGAUGAGAAAAGGUGUACAUGUUCAUAAAUAUUCUACAUGUGAUGCACAUGUUCUUUUUAUAGAAUGUGCAGAAAAGUGGAAAAAGACUUGGAAGUUGGAAAUAUUUUAGCAGAAAAGUGGAAAAGACUUAAAAGUUGGAAAUAUUACAAGCCAGGUUGAUGCUAGUGCUAUAGAAGAUUUGGACGUGCAUGGAAAACAUAGUUUUCCCAGUAGAAUUGUGUGUUUAGUGCUGUUAUUUAUUGAUGCGAAAGAGAGAUAACUCUGUUUUGGAGGGAAACGAUUUAUUCUUUCUUGAUGUUGGAAUACUCCAUUAGGUUAGACAGGUAGAUAGGUAUAUAUUCAGCAUUACCAUAUACUUCCAAAAAAAACCUCAUUUGCCUUACAAGAUUGAAUAGUCUGUGAAUGUAUGGGAGGGGUGACAGGAUAGAAUUUUUUUUAUUGUUGUGAUUAUAUACUCUGUUCCAUUGUAAAUGGAAUUAAAUGUUCAUUUUGCAUCCUUUUCUUUUAAGUGUAUGAUUGUGUUUUCUUUGAAAAAAGGGGAACUUUAAACUUUCAUUUGUUUGAUAUAAUAUUGAGCCGCGCCAUGUGAAAACCAACAUAGUGGCUUUGCGACCAGCAUGGAUCCAGACCAGCCUUCACAUCCACGCAGUCUGGUCAGGAUCCAUGCUGUUUGCUAACUGUUUGUCUAAUUGCAAUAGGCUAUGAAAGCAAACAGCAUAGAUCCUGACCAGACUGCGCAGAUGCACAGGCUGGUCUGGAUCCAUGCUGGUCGCAAAGCCACUAUGUUGGUUUUCUCAUGGCAUGGCUCAAUUAUGUUUUAAGUACAUUAUUAUACUUCUUUGCUGAGUUGAAAAAUUACCAUGUGUGGCAGAAAGUGUCCUAAAAAUAUGAUCUUCUGGGAUGUUUAUUAUUGUUUUGCCAUAAUAAUAUACUUGAAAAAGUCAGAGAUUUUAAACAGAAGAGAUAAUGAAGAGGCUGUAUAAAAGGGCAUUGUAUUAGUCAACCACAAUUUUGUUCAAUAGUUUUCUGCAAUAUUAUUGAAGUGCUUUAAAAAAUACAUGUAUCGAGUUAGAUUUUUCAUGAUCUGGUAAAUCCGUGUUUCAUUCAACAGAAAAUAAAACAUGCCUUUACAGUUAAUGUUGAGAUAUGUUUUAUAAAUAAGAUACCUUCCAUGCUUAUUAACCCUUACCCUGCUAAAUUUCUAAAAUGGACUGGUCCAUCAUUCAGUUUGAGUAAUACCAUUUAUCAUUCGAAGAGGUGUUCAUUGAAAAUUUACUGACUGAAUAGCGAACAGUGCAGACCAUGAUCAGCCUGCAUGGAGUUGCAGGCUGAUCUUGGUCUGCACUGGUCGCAAAGGCAAAAUUACUUGCCGCCAGCAGGCUAAGGGUUAAGUAUUAAAAGCAAAACAGUUCUGAUCUUUUUUUUUUUGUACAUUUAAAUUUACAUUAAGAUAAUCAGGUUUUCAAUAGUAACUUAUUUUUAUUGUGAAAUUUUACAAAAUAUUUGUGAUGUGACUUUUAUUAUUGAGUUUUUGUAUUACAUUUAUAAACUUCCUUUUUGUUAAUUGAUAAUAUUAUAACAUUUCAAUUUAGAUAUAUCAAAAUCACGAGAUUUGGGAUUUAAUUCUAAGUCCUACAGAAUGAGAAGAUGGAAGAUUUUUCCAGUAGUUUAUGGCGUACAAAAUAAAAGUGAUAUAUAUAAUUAAAAUUGAAAUCUUUGAGCAUUCAAAUUGUUCUAUACUGAUGAAGAUUUCAUUUUUUAGGCAGCUUAUAUUUCUAGAUAUUAAUCCUUUAUAGCAUUGCAUGUUUCAAGACUAGAUUAGCCUUGCACUGAAUAAAAAAGUGUGUAUAGAUGUACGUGUAUGCAUCCAGUUUCGUAUAGAUUAUCAGUUAACAUGGCAAAGUCAUAAAAGUUUUUCUUGCGAUAGAUUUUAGUUUGUCACAAUGUGUCAGAGUCAUUGAUGUAGAUUUUUUUUACUUUUUUAUAGAUCAUUAGUGUAGUCAGUGGUAUGAUACCGUAAGUGUCAUAUGUUUGAGAAAUCCAUGCUAUUGUUUGUCACAACAUCUUGAGGGGUGAUUUUAUUCAUUAUAAUAUAAUUUCAUAUUCUUUAUAGAUAAAGCAUGUGGAAAAGAUUUGAGAAAUAAAAAAUUUGGUUUGAAAUCAGGCUUAUUUCUCUUACCAAAAUGUUCAUGAUGUUUAGAGAUUAAGAAUACAUACUUUAGAUAAAUAUGCAAAAUUAAGUUUGAAUUUAAUAUUCAGUUAAACUUGUUUUAGCAAUGUCAUUAAACUUUAUAAUUUUAGCUGCGGGAAAUGGAUUUCUUUAUGUAAAAUACACCUGAGAUAGUCGUCUUUCAACAUUUUAUUUCAAAAUAUUCUUGACUGACUGAAAUUUUAUAUUUUUUGGUGUGAAAUUUAAGACAUAUUAAACAUGUUAAAGAUUUAUAUAGAUCCAUCCUAUUUUUUGGACCAAAAAUACUUAGUGAAUUUAUUUGAAAUGGUUAAGGGAAGUUUUGUGCUGGGAGUUUUAGAAUUUAUACAUUCCAUUUUACUCACUGUAAAUAAGCUUUUUUCCCCUCUAUUAUUUUCAUUUGUCUAUUGUCACUUAAUUUCAUAAUUUUCCAAUUUAAUUAUGUUAUAUAAUGUUGUAUGCAUAUCUUUGACUUUAACUGAUGGCAUAUGUUGACAUAUGUUUACAUCAUAGUAUAAUAUGUGGGUUUUCAAGUUGCUCUGGUAAUGAAUUUGUAAUAUUUGUCAAGAGUUGCUAGAUAUUUGUAAAUAUCCCUUUACAGACCAAUGAUGAAACCUUUUUUAUAUGAAAAGAUUUGAAACUGCUGUCUUACCCUUGCAUAAUCGUUAAGAGGUGACGUAUGGUUUUACUGCAUCUCAGUGAUUUCAGUAGGUAGAAAAGUUUUGAUUCAUACUUUAUUUUGAUGUAAAAAGAGUUGUGAAAAACCAAAAUGUUUAGACCUUUUGUGUACUGUGUUGAUGUGCCAUAAAGCCUAAAUGCAACUGCAAAUUUUUAGGGACUUUUAACUCGCAGAACAUAGAAGCAUUUCUUAACUUUCAUAGAAAAUUUUCACCUUGAACUUACUUGAGCUUUAUUGUUAAAAGGCAUAAUAAAGAUAAAUUGAUAUUAUUACUCAAUAUUAUAAACAAGUUGGAAUUUUUAUAGCCAUUGUUUUAAUGAAAUUUCGUUGUAGUUCAGAAUUUCUGACAUAAGGACUUCUUUUAAUUUUUAACAUUGGACCAUUUGCUAUAAGUUUGAGUUGUAGUUUUUCAUCUGAUGUAUACAAGCAUUAUUUUUUAUUUAUACAGUACUGGCCUCAUGUUCACAAAACAGUUUUUUGUCUCAUACGUGUUUUAGAUUGAAGUUUUAAUAUCAGACUAAGCCCAGGCUGAAAAUGUUUUGUGAACACGAGGUCUUACGUAUUAUCGAAACUGCACCAAAGCAUUAUGUGGAUUCAUCUAAUAUUCCACAUAUAAUGAAAUCUAUGCAAGUUACUAUCCUCUGAGCUGUGUCACAACAAAAGGUCCAUCAUAACUUGUUUGGUUUGCAAUGUCACAAAGAUCUUAUUUUAUUCAUUACUAUAAACUUACAUUACUUCAUUAUUUGUAAAUGAGCAAAACAUUUGUCUUUCUUGUAAAAUCCCCUGUCACAGAGAAAAGAACUUGCAGUACAUUUAGAAAUACAAGCAGUUAUGAAAGUUCAGUUUGAUUUAUAGGUAUUUAACAGUAUGAAAAAUACGUAGUACAUUGUUUCUGGAGAUGGUCUGUUUUUAUGCAAGUCAACAAACACAUACUUAUAACAGUUGAAACACAGUAUCUCAAAUUUCCUGGGAUUGAGCGUUGUACUCUGAGAUAAUCGAAAUUUGACUUAAAAUGAUAUUUUAGUGCACUUAUUUUCGAAACAGGACUUAGAAAAUGUCUUCGAGAUUGCUGGAAUUUUGAGAUAAGCGAGUUCAAGAUAUUGAAUUUCAACUGUGUAUAUUGGGAUUUUUUCUUUAAUUUUGUUAAAUUUACAAAUUUGUGUACAUUUUGCUUACAUUAAUUAUUGUAUGCUAUGGGGUUAUUUCUUUUUCUUUUACAAAUUUUGUAAAGAUGAACAGAGAAACUGAAAAUAUAGCAAAAUGGAAUAUACUUAGUUAUGAUUUUUGCAAAACCAAGGUUUUUGUAGAAGGAAAAAACGGUUUGGGGGAGGAUUUAAGAAAUUUUACUGGUAUUCAUUUCAACCGAGACUGACAUAAACCAAAAUUUGCUGUAUUUGAAGUUGACUGUUCAUUUAUAUUUUAUCAUGUACAUACACGAUCUAAAAAAGAUGUAGUUAGUUUUAAUAAUAUAUUGAGAUAUAAUUUAUGAAAUUGUUAUUUAUAAGUUAGUUUAUUUUAUUUGUUACUGGUAUGUUACAAAUUUUCGUUUCAAUAUUAUUUUGUACCUUUGUCCUUGUCUUCAAAGUUACACUAAAGUAAGUUCUUAAAUGAAGAAAAAAUGAGGAAUAUAAAAUCAGAUGAAAUAUAUAGCCAGUUAUGAAAGCCAAGUAGAGACAGCUUAGCUGUUUUUAGUUUGUAGUUUAAAGCCACAUUCUGCUUUACUAAACACCUCUAGUCUUUAUUUCUUAUAUGGAAUGGGAAAUUUUUCUGUUACAUAUGAUAUUGGCCUAGUCUGUUGUAUAUUAUGGUAGUGCACACAUAAUGACAUAAUUUACAUAUGGUUACAUAAUACUCCUCAUUAUGAAAUAAGUCAUUCUUUUGGCGUAAACAUAGUCAAAUGCACACAAGACUUGCUUUAAAAAAAACAA